UGACUUGUCGUUUCAUUUUCCUCAAGCCCUCAAUUAUUCAAAUAGUUCUUUUUCAUCAUCUUUUAGUACUAUACAACUAUUGAUGAACAACCCAUAUAUCCUCAAAUUAUUUAUCCAAUUCUGUCUUUUUGUGAUAUUGGGGCUGUGCAAAGCAACAAGAUGAAGUGGGUGUCAGUGAAAAAUGAAGGGAAGAUGUUAUUCAAGUCUAAAUUGAAGUUGGUUGCUUUAGCUGGGCUAGUUCUAUCUAUUCUUUCUUUAUUCACCCAUUUUCUUCUAGCUAAACAUACAUAUGGGAUUGUUUAUGAGUACCAUUCUUCAGUUACAAUCAUGUCAUGGAUGCCUAAAUUCAAGAAGUCAGAUCUCUCCAUUAGUAAUCAUCCAUCUUACAGGAGACUAUGGGCUCCAGUUAGGCAUUUUGAAUCUUUACAUCCUCUUGCAAAUCAGAGUGGAGAUUAUGCAGCUCCUGAAAUGCAAUCAAUUGGAUUCAUCUUUGUCAAGAUACGUGGGGGUUUCCAUGAGAUUAGGAAUGCGAUUUCUGAUGUUGUUGUAGUUACGAGACUCCUCAACGCUACCCUGGUCAUUCCAGAGAUCCAAUCAACCACUAGCAGCAAAGGAAUAAGCACUCAGUUCAAGAGUUUCCCGUACCUCUAUAAUGAGGAUCAAUUCAUAGCAGCACUAGCAAAAGAUGUCAAAAUUGUAAAAACCCUUCCAAAAGAUCUGAAAGGAGCGAGGAGAAAGAAAGAAAUUCCUUCAUUUAAAGUUCCCCAUGGGGCAUCCCCAUAUUUUUACCUGCACCAUGUUCUUCCUAUGUUGACUAAGCACUCUGUGGUUGAGCUUCUUGUUCAUAGUGGUGGAUGCUUGCAGUCUAUCCUGCCUCCACCACUUGUGGAGUAUCAAAAGCUGAGAUGCAGGGUUGCUUUUCAUGCCUUACGGUUCAGAGAGGAGGUCCAAAAUCUCGCUAUUAAAAUCUUGAAUAGAAUAAAAGCUUCAGGACAACCAUUUAUUGCCUAUGAUCCGGGGAUGACCAGAGACGCUUUAGCAUAUUAUGGUUGUGCAGAACUUUUUCAGGAUGUACAUACUGAACUCAUCAUGCACAGGCGUGCAUGGAUGAUAAAACGUGGAAUUCUGAAAGGGAAUCUUUCUUCAGAUUCAGCAGAACAAUAUCGUAAUGGCUUGUGUCCUCUCAUGCCUGAAGAGAUUGGUAUUCUCCUUCGAGCAUAUGGUUACUCAUCCGACACUAUCAUUUAUAUAUCUGGCGGAGAGGUCUUUGGUGGGGUGAAGAAGUUAAUUCCACUGCAUGCUAUGUUUGAGAAUGUUGUUGAUAGGACUUCCUUGAGCUCUCCUCUGGAGUGGGAUAAAGUAUAUGGUCAGGAGGCAAACCUUGUUGACCAAUAUUCAAUACCUCCACCUUCAGAUAAUGUGGUCAGGAGAUCACAGGCAUGGAAAAAUUCUGGCCCACGACCUCGUCCACUACCACCGCCCCCAGCACGGCCGAAGAUGUACAAUGUUGAAGGUUGGUGGGGUUGGGUAGCCGAGAGUGAUGAUGAGCCAGAAAGUACCAUCAUGGAGUUGAGAACUAAUGCUCAUCGGUUACUGUGGGAAGCAAUUGACUAUAUGGUUUGCACUGAAGCAGAUGUAUUCAUCACUGGAUUUGACCGUGACGGUAAAGGAAACCCAAAUCUUGCUAGUUUGGUUGUGGGUCAUAGACUGUAUCAGUUUCCUGCAUCUCGAACUUAUGGUCUGGACAGGAAAGAAAUUGCCAAACUUUUUGAGGAGAUUCGCGAUACUCUUUAUCAACCCAAUCACACCUGGAUAACAUCACUGCGCAAACAAUUAAGAAGAAGUUUAAUCGAUGGAUUGUUGGAGGAAUCCAAAAUCUCCAAAUCACAGUCUUUUCUUGCAUUUCCAGUUCCUGAAUGUUCUUGCAUUGCAAAUGAUUCCAUGAAGAGAUCAAUCAACACUUCAAGCCCUAUGCCAAAAUAUGAUAUUCCAGUGUUUUCUGGACAAAUAGACCAAUGCCCUUCUUGGAUGAAUGCCCCCACUUCUUCUCAAUCAAGGGAAGAAACAGAAGAGGAAAAUGACAAAGAUGAUUCGGCCUCCUCGAAUCUGUUCUUGUGGCUGGGUUAUGGCGAUCAAGAAGGUGAUAGCACAGACAUUAGCAACAAAGAAGAAGCUUUUGUGGAGGAUCAAGAAGAACUCGAAGGAGGAGAAAGAUAGGAAAAGAGAACCAACUAGUCAGAAAAAGGAAAGAACAACUCUUGCUAAACUGCAUCGGGUUCUUUUUAACAACACAUGCAGACUAGGGAAGCUCGUACGACUUGAGGUAAGCUUAGCUACCAAAAGAUGCUACAACUGACAUUUCAGAUUGUUGGAAUCCAAUUUUCACAGAAGAAACAGUUGUAGUUAAGGGUGACACUUGAUUUCUGAUAAUUUGGAUACAAAAUGGAAGCUGGUGGUGUAAAUUAUUUACAUAAUUCUGUAGAGCCAGUUAAACAGGAAAAAAUCUAAGUUCUAUGCACUGUCGAUGUUAAAAAUAUUCACACAAUCACUCCACAUGAUGAGAGUAGGAUUGUAGUAGGUUGUAACUCUAUUGGUUCUGCUCUUUUUAUGAUAUUUUUAAGGUCCUGUAUUUUGGACUGAUUAGCAUAUAAACAUGUUAGUUAAUCUAAUUUAGGAACUUUCCUGUUA